AUGACUACAGAAGAACAAAACACCGAGAAUACACGUCGAAAAACGCCUUACUCGGAGAAAAUUCAAGAACGUCCGGAACGCAAUCCCCCGAUAGUCUAUACUCCACUACCGCCAAAAGAAUUAUUUGAAAAGUACCGUGAUCAAAUCAAUCGAAAUGUCCGCAAAGUUUGGCCUAAGACCCCGGAUGAUUAUGUUCUAGAACCAUUCCAAUCACGAUUCAAUUACUACGACUACGGCGGUCAAUACAAUUUCAUUUGCGAAUUACCCAGCGGACAACCAACAUAUGUCACUAUCACUGAGUCCUUUGAAAAAGAGGAUGGUGAUCUGGCGAAUAAUGACGCUGAACGCCACCGUCGCCUGAUCGUUAGUGCUAGUUAA